AUGUUUGGAAUUCAGGAAACUAUACCGCGGGGUGGGACGACGAUGAAGGAGGAACCGCUCGGUGGACUGAACUCGGUCCGCUCCUGGAUGCACACAGCUGGGGUGGUGGACGCAAACACAGCCGCCCAAAGUGGUGUCGGCUUGGCACGGGCACAUUAUGAAAAGCAGCCCCCUUCCAACCUCAGAAAAUCCAAUUUUUUCCAUUUCGUCCUGGCGCUGUAUGACAGGCAGGGUCAGCCCGUGGAGAUCGAAAGGACAGCUUUUGUGGACUUUGUGGAGAAAGAAAAAGAACCAACCAGUGAAAAAACUAACAAUGGGAUUCAUUACAAACUACAGUUAUUGUACAGCAAUGGCGUCAGAACAGAACAGGAUCUUUACAUACGGUUAAUCGAUUCCAUGACGAAGCAGGCCAUAAUUUAUGAGGGCCAAGACAAGAAUCCAGAAAUGUGCAGAGUUCUUCUUACCCAUGAAAUUAUGUGCAGCCGAUGCUGUGACAAGAAAAGCUGUGGAAACAGGAACGAGACUCCAUCAGACCCUGUGAUCAUUGACAGAUUCUUCCUAAAGUUCUUCCUCAAGUGCAAUCAGAACUGUCUGAAGAAUGCAGGGAAUCCACGAGAUAUGCGCAGAUUCCAGGUUGUCGUAUCGACGACCGUCAAUGUGGACGGCCAUGUCUUGGCUGUCUCUGACAACAUGUUCGUACACAACAAUUCCAAGCAUGGGCGAAGGGCUCGCAGACUCGACCCUUCAGAAGCAGCCACCCCGUGCAUCAAGGCUAUCAGCCCAAGUGAGGGAUGGACCACUGGAGGAGCCACUGUCAUCAUCAUAGGGGACAACUUCUUUGAUGGCCUACAAGUCGUGUUCGGCACCAUGCUAGUAUGGAGUGAGCUGAUAACUCCCCACGCCAUCCGCGUCCAGACUCCACCUCGGCACAUCCCCGGUGUUGUGGAAGUCACGCUGUCCUACAAGUCCAAGCAGUUCUGCAAAGGUGCCCCUGGGAGAUUUGUCUAUACUGCCCUGAAUGAGCCAACCAUCGACUAUGGUUUCCAGAGGCUGCAGAAGGUCAUCCCCCGACACCCCGGCGAUCCUGAGAGGUUACCAAAGGAGGUGCUACUGAAGAGGGCGGCUGAUCUCGUCGAAGCCCUGUAUGGAAUGCCCCACAACAAUCAGGAGAUCAUUCUGAAGAGGGCAGCUGACAUCGCCGAGGCCCUGUACAGCGUUCCCCGCAACCACAACCAGAUCCCCUCUCUCGCGAACACAGCCUCCCACGGCAUGAUGGGAGUCAACUCCUUCAGCAGCCAGCUAGCAGUCAAUGUGUCUGAGUCACAAGGGAAUGACCAAGUGGGCUACAGCCGGAACACCAGCAGCGUGUCCCCCCGGGGCUACAUCUCCAGCAGCACCCCGCAGCAGUCGAGCUACAACUCCGUCAGCAACAGCAUGAAUGGCUACGGCAAUGCCGGUAUGAACCUAGGAGUGCCAAGCUCCCCCGGGUUCCUCAACGGAUCCUCUGCCAACUCCCCAUAUGGAAUUAAACAAAAGAGCGCCUUCGCCCCUGUGGUCCGACCCCAGGCCUCCCCACCCCCCUCCUGCACCAGCGCCAACGGCAACGGACUGCAAGCCAUGUCCGGCCUGGUUGUCCCUCCAAUGUAAAUGCACUUUUAUCAUCUCAAGCACCAGUCUUCACAUUACCACUUCACAGAAGCACACGGCAAAAACGCUGGUGUAAUGUAUAG